CAGGAACGAGGGCGUAUCUUUGAAAUUUAUCGUGAAAUUUCGUUUGGGUUUCAAAGUUCUACAUUAUCGCGCGGAUUUUUUUAUAUAACGUUUUACGAUCCCGUUGCAGUCAUUUUCUUCGCUCUGAAAAAAGAAAAAAUAUUCUAACGAAAAUUUGUAACGAAAUGCGUAGAGCAACAAAUCCGGUUUGCUCAAUGCAGGCCCAGUCUGACGAAACAGCAAAACUUGAGAUCGCCCUAUACAGUCGUAGUAGCGUUACGGCGAAACGUCUCAACGGCCGACGCGAGCGGGCAUAGUGGGGACGCACGUGUCGACCCUUUUGUCAUUGUGAUAUAACGUCGAGUCAAUUCUUGCUUUCGCCUCGUGUACUUCCGAUAUAGCGCGCGUGCGUGUGCCCUCGAGACACCACGAGCAGCGUAACAUGGCGACUCUCCGGCGUGGUUAGUCGAUUUGCGACCAUCGGCGUAUGCAGAUCAAUGACGGAGGAACGACGACAUUGAGUGACUGUCUUCUCGCACUGUUCCGCAGAAAUUUUAUCAAGAAUGGCGCCGACUGUUUGCGAAGCGGAGUUUCCGAUGACUGGAACCACAAUUAACACAUAUGUUUACCGACGACAAAGAUCACAAAACGGUGUUAAACGGCGAUCGUUUGCACGUGAACAGAUGCUGCUGUUUCGAACCAGGACAAUCAAUGAAACGCCUCUAACAUCUCGAGAAAAUUGUUUAGCGAAGGUAGAAUCCACGAUUCCAAACUGCUCUAUUCCAGAAAGAAGCAGUAAACUUCCAACGAAAGUGGAUGAAGAUUACAAAAAAUACAUCAUGGCAAAGAAAGAUCUCUUGAGUAUUGUUAUACGCACAAUUAUUCUCGUACAACGCAAUCGUAUCCUUCAGAAGCGCGUGAACGCGUUACGUGCGGAAACACGGAGAUUUCUCCAUUCUGUAUUAAAUAAUCCGGAGAAUCAGUGUCAGCAACAAGGGGCACAAGUGCCGCCACAUUCUGAAGACGAGAUUGUCUCGUCGUGUACGGAUGAAGUUGUCCCGCUAUCAUCGCCUCCACUUAGCCCUGAUUCGACGGGAAGCUUCUUUCACGAAGUCACGUCCACCUGCGAUAAUUACGAUACCAAUGACGAAUCGAGUUUGUCUGAUAAGUCUGAAGAUUCAAGCUGGAGUGAAUGUUGAUUUUCCGCAGCCCGAAGCUAAGCAGGCGCGUAAGAAAUCAGAGAGAACGUUUAAAUCCCUCCUUCCCCUCCCACCUUUCGCCACCUUAUAUAUACGUACAAUUAUACAUAGAUAUAUUUUAAUAUAUUUCAGAAGAUGUGUUUUAGUGAGGCUCCUUUCGUAAUGUAAAAUAAUAUGUAACGUUUAAAGCGUUUACAAAUUUUUCUGAACAAAGUUCGCCGCGAAGCUGCAGAGUCUGGAUUUGCGGUAUCACUAGCUUUUAUAUACGGGGUGUCUCAGAAUUGUGGAAAAGUGGGAUUAUAGCGUUGUCCUUUAUAAUUUUACGGAUAAUGAGAUGAUAACGCUUAACUUCCAUGAAAUUUGAAUAUUUUUUUUUUACUAGGAAGAUUGUCUCGAACUGUAGAUUAUUGGAAAUGAAGAGCUUUUUGGAGAUUUAGCUUUAGGAGCAUUAAACAUGUGAUAGAAUUAGAAUUUGAUGAAUAAUAAUCAAUUUAGAAUUAUUUGUGUUCUACUAGUGAGAUCGAGAUUUAACUUAAUAGAAUUUUUAUUUAUUGUUAGAUAUAAGAAUGUGAGUAUGUUGAAAUGUAAGAACAAUGGUGUUCCUCGAUAUUUCUCGUUCAAAAGCCCAAUCUCGUGGAAGAAACAACGCUAUUGGUCCACCUGACGCCAAUUUUGACGCACUCUUUAUAUCAGCCUUCGAUCCAAGUUGCAAUAUCUAGAGCAUCGCGAUAAGAAAUUUACUGAACAAAUAGAUUGCUUUAUUAACAAGUUCGAUCCUUAAUUUUAGGGUAAGAAAUUUUAUGUCGCACUGAAGUAUCAGAUCGAAAAUUUCGGCGAGAAACCGCACGUUUCCGCGCGAUUAUAAAAUAAGAGAAAUCCCAAUACAAUCGUAUCUUCUGAGAUAUAGUGAAGAAUUAUUCUCGAAGGUUUACAUACGAGAUGGCGGAAAGUUUUUUGCGCCAAGAUUCUUGCUGCUUGAGUGAGAUGUGCUACUUAAAAGAAGGAAAGGCUCCGAUCCUCUCGGAUGAUUUCACAAAAAUUGUCCGAGUGCCAGCGCGACUGAGAGAGAUAAAAUAUCGUGUCUACGUAAGUGUCGUCUUCAGACACUAAAAAUAAUUUUUGAAACAUCAGACAUUUAUGGAACAUUUAGACGGUAUGAGCAUUUAAAGAAGUGAUCCUGUAUAAUCACCUUGGGUAGUGUAAGGCGUAGAAAGGAAUGUCACUCCUGUAACUAAUCCAGUUUAUUAGAAUUUUGACAGUGAAGUUAUUCUCACGUAAUCUUUCUUAAGUAAUCACAUAAUCAUUUAGCAUUAGAUUAGUGUGUAAUGGAUGUUACAAAAUCAGUCCGCCAGUUAUCCACCAAUAGUAAAGUAAAAGAACGAAUAGCAUUAUGAUAUGAUACUUGCAAGUAUCAGUGCACAAGUUAGACAUCAAGAAGUUUAUCUUAUGUAAUAGAAAAAGUUUUGAUGCUAAUUUAUGCAUUGGUUGUUAACUGCCCGUCGCAUCGGCAGAUAAUACCGCCUGACUCUUCCAUGCUGCACUGAAUACUUUUUUCGGAAAUAUUUUCCAAGGAGCUUGCACAUUUGUGAAGCAUUUUGUCAUACAAAAUUGCUUCGGCAGAAGCAGAAUAGAAAUUUUCAGAAAUGUUACAAUCAGUACGUUUCUUAUCCGUUGUACUUAUAUAUAUAUUUCUACAACAGAAAAACGCUUCUGAAAUAUUUCUAAAAUUUUUGCAAUGUAGAUUACAUAUAAAUGUCGAAUUGUGAAAUUGCAAAAAUGACGUUAAACUAAAAAAUUCUGAACGAAAAAUUUUAAUCUGCUUUAAAAAAAUCUAUGGAGCAAAAAAAUUUGUGCAACUUUCUUUUUCUUAUGAUUUUAAAUGAAAUAAUUGGCGAAAUUGAUCUUAGUCCUACUACAGUCAAAUUAUUUAUCCAAAUUAUCAAUAUUUCUAUCGAGUUUUAAUAUAAACAUCGACUUUUGAUGUUAUUCAUUUGGAAUUUUAAACACUGAAAGUUUUUAUAAAUGAUCCAAAUAGAGUCAGCAUUUCGGAAUCAGAAGCGGUAGUAAUGAUCUGCAAUUCCCGUAACACUGAAAAAUAUAGUAAACGUCUUUGUAUUCGUGUUGUGGUUUUGAUAUGACGUAUAGUCAUAGUGAUAGUUAGAGAGCCCGAAACAGUCGAUUCGACAGAGGAAGAUUCUCUUGGGUUUUUGACAGAGUACCUAUGACAUCUGACCUAGUAUAAUUUAAAUAAUUACUUAAACUUACCCUGUACUGUCAUGGCUGUGAAGUCUAUAAUUGCACUCGUAACGCAUUAUCUUCUUCGCAAUACGUUACCUGAUUCGUGCGGCUGUUUCAGCAAAUGUGUGAAACGGAUCUGGCUAUAUUAGAAUACACAAUUUGUGCGCGAACGUAAUUUAAUAUAACGCAGUAUACGACAACUGCACGACAGUUACCAUAGAUAAUCACAUAAUUCUUAAACCGUCGAAAAAUAUGAUAAUCUUUUUUAUGAAAGAAGAGAAGCCAGUGAUGGAUGAUAUACUUGUGGGAGAAGCAAGAAACUAACACCAGAUUUAAACGUAACGCGCUUAAGUCCUAGAUUUACGAACGUGGUAACGAUUUAAUUUUUUUCGCAUUUUACGUAACAUUUUUUUUAUGUGAGCCAAUUUUUUAUGACUAUCUCAAUUAUGCCGUUGGGAGUAUCUAGAAGUAUGCUUUAGUUAAGAAGAAGCUUAAUUGACAUUUUUAUGUGAUAGUUCCAUUAAUUUGACGCACGACGUCUAACACGUAGAGUAUGCAAAAUUAUUGGAAAUUUUAAUUAAAUAAUUUUAUACAAUCGGCUCGCGCGAAGUUUAGUUGUUAAAACAAUGAUAUAAGAAUAAUAUAUCUGUAAAAAGAUUUGAUAUCUUUCAUCUUCUAAAUAAUAAAUUCUUAUUUAUUUUAUGAUCGUGAUGUAUUUUGAAAUAUUUACAUAACUAAUGAAUCGAAAGCAAUGUUAAUACAUUUAAUCUACUUUAGAAUUGUGUGAUAAUUAUAGUAUUUCAGGGAUAUAUAAUUAAUAAAUUUCAUACUGAAAGUCAUGUGAUAAAUAUUCUUUUAGCAGUACUCAAUCAAACUGUGUAUGUGGAUAGACAGAAGUGUGCCUAAGGUGCAUAUACGCGCUAUUUUCCGAUUACUGGAGCAAUACAAAUAUAGAUAUUUAUAGUAGGCGACAUUUAGAUAAUAUUUAGAGACUUGACGUAACGAUUAGAUCUAAUUUCCGUCGUAAUAUUUGCUGUAAACAUAAUAUUUCAUUGUCAACCUGACCACAAAAUGUUUCGUGAAGCUGAUACGUGUGUGACAGUAUGUAUGCGAAUAAAUCUAUUACACAGAUAUUUAUAAAUAAUAUCUUGUCAUAUCACUGUGCUUAAUCUUUUUCUAAAUAUUGCUAUAAAAAAAUGGAAUUAAAUAUUUACAAUUAUAGAAAUUAAUUAAGGAAUUAGUACCUAACAGAGCAAUAUUCGCAAAUUGUAUCGUAUUCCCAUGUAUAUUUUGUAUUUACUAAACCAAUUCAUGUACCAAUUACCUUUCAAUAAAGAAUUAGGUAUGUGCUUUA